AUGGAACCGGGAGCAGUUUGUGCCCUCAUCGUCCUUUGUUAAGUUAUUUUGCUGCUUCUUUUUCAGGGUAAAUUCACGCUGCUGCGAGACACCAGAACAGAUGGCAGCUUCCUGGUGCACCAUUUCCUCUCCUUCUACCUCAGAGCUGGCUGUAAGGUUUGCUUUGUGGCCCUGCUCCAGUCCUUCAGUCACUAUAACAUCGUAGCACAGAAGCUGGGAGUCAAUCUGACAGCUGCCAAAGAACGAGGACAGCUUGUCUUCUUGGAAGGCCUCAAAUCCUGCCUUGACCUCUUGUUUGGAGAGGAGGAGGAGCAGUCAGGACAGCCCAGUCCUCUCCAGUUUAUAAGUGAGAGCGCUUCCAACCUCAAAGCCUUGUUUGACUUUGUCCGGACGUCCCUGACUCCCGCCGGCAGCGACUCCUGGAAGGGCCCUGUGCUGCUGGUGGACGACCUCAGCGUCUUGCUCAGCCUGGGCGCCACGCCGGUGGCGGUGCUGGACUUCAUCCACUACUGCAGAGUCGCGGUGUGCUCCCAGCUGAAGGGAAACAUCGUGGUGCUGGUUCACAGCAACGAGGAUUCAGAAGACGAGGAAAAUGAACUGGUUGUGAACUCCCUGUGUCAUCACAGCGACCUGAUCCUGUGGGUGGAGGGGCUGGCGACCGGCUUCUGCAAGGAUGUUCACGGGCAGAUUAAAAUAAUUAGGAGAGUGUCCUUGGAGCUGACGGCAGAGCAGGAUCACGUCCAGAUCUACCAGUAUAAGAUCCAGGACAAGAACGUCACCUUUUUCGCUAGAGGGCUGUCAGCUGCAGUCCUGUGAUGCUGCGAUACCGCGCAGCGCUGCGAGAGCAACGCGGAGCAAGGCCGGGGAGGCUGGAACCUAUAGACUGGACGUGCCACCAAACCAGCCUGGCUGCGUCACCAGCGCCUUCCAGGAGCGGUGCAGCAAACUGGCCCAGGAGGGAAGCUUAAACGCGGGUUGAACUGCAUGCCAGCGAGGGGAUUAGCCUGCCCAGAGCCUGCUGCAUCCCUUUGUCCUCCCACCCCGUUCCCAACGUACGCAGGCCAAGAGGAAGAGCAAAAACUUGCAAGGACGGCCCUUGGAGCGUGUAAAUACAAGCAGGGGGGAUGCCCCGAGGGCUGGGCGUGCCUCACCUUUUCCGGUGUGUUACUGCAUGGCAGUGCCAGGCGCUGCUGCGUGGAGGGAUCACCCCACCCUCCCGCUGGUGUUUAAGGAGAUGACACAGAGCGGGUGGAGGCAGGGAUGGUCUGGGAGCAUGUUGCAAUUCUUACCUUUCUCCCAGCUCUGGCACAGAAGAGAUUUGCUCAACUCCUGACUUCCACGGAAUUAAAAAAAUCUACAGCUACAUGCGUAGCCCCUCACCUUGCUGCUGUAAGACCUAAAGGCUGCCUUGCUU